UACCGGAAGUUUCGUAGGCCUGAUUAAAGAUAAAACCAACUCUGAAUCUUCAAUCGGCAAAGAGUCGGGUUUGAACACAACUACUCAACAAACAUGUAGUGUUAAGAAGGUAGAAAGACUUUUCGAUGUAUAAAGAUGAUGUCAGCUUCUAAUAAUGGAAUAUGGGAAGGGACUUGGGAAUAUUGCCUUGGUUACUGGGAAGGUUUCCAAGAGACGCUGAGUGACCUUGACAUAGACUACUGGCGCUGGGUGCUUUGGGUCAUAUAUCCCAUUAUUCUUUCAUUCCUACUUCCAAUCUUUAUCCUGUUAUUUCUAUACUGUUCAGCAUUCUUUCUUCAUUUAUACAAUUACCGACACAACUUCAGAGAGGCUUACAAUCAUGAUGUAUGGGAUGGUGCAAGGACAGCCAUAGCUGCUGCCUGGGAUGCCCAGGGAAGAAUUUGGCAUGGUUUUGAGAUAGAUGGUUUGGAGAAGAUCCCUGACAAGGGUGCAGCAUUGAUUGUAUACUACCAUGGAACUUUACCCAUUGACUUCUAUUACCUUGCUGCCAGAUGUUUACUGGAAAAGAAGAGACAUAUAAGAGCAGUAGGGGACAACUUCCUUUUCCAUAUACCAGGGUUAAGAAGGUUUUUGGAGGUCUUCAGAGUCACCCCUGGUACACUACAAAGCUGUGUUAGUGUCUUGAAUGAUGGACACUUGCUGGCCAUUGCUCCAGGUGGAGUGAGAGAAGCGUUGUUUGGUGAUGAGAACUAUCCCAUAUUGUGGGGAAAACGUCAGGGAUUUGCCAAAGCUGCUAUACAAGCAAAUGUGCCAAUAAUUCCAGUGUUCACACAGAAUGUUAGAGAAGCCUUUAGAACCCCCAAGGUUACCAGGGCUUGUCUACGAAGGUUGUAUGAAAAGACUCGCCUUCCUCUUGUUCCAAUCUAUGGAUUCUUUCCUGUUAAAUUCAAGAUGUUUAUAGGGGAUCCCAUUUAUCCAAAAAAGGACCAAACUUCAGAAUCACUUUCUAAUGAGGUAAUGAAUUCCGUAGGAACCUUGAUAUAUCAGCAUCAGAGACUGCCGGGCAAUAUUCUCUUCGCCCUGAUUGACAGACUUGUGUGAGAAAGGCAGACACGCCCAUUACCCAAUGCUGGCUUUCAUCAGAGACCUAAACAUGGAUACUAUUAAAUAUAGGUCCCUGCUUUCAUCAAUUUCUCAGGAGUAGUGUGUAGAAAUGAACUGUUCUUUAGAUAAGUAUACCAUGUUCUCAUAUAAGAUUGAUUCCGAUUUGUCUGUUUGAUUUCCUUUGAAUGCAACAUAUCUCCAAUAUUUCAACAAUCAUCAUCUUGUAGUUAAAGAGAAAGGGUGGGUGUCACCAUUGUGGAUGGAAGACACUAUGUACUUCCAUCUAAUUGUGGAAAUGAAUAUUUGAUCGAAACUUUUGUGAUAUUAACUACGAUUUAGAUGAAAUCUGAUUAAUAUUAGACAUGUAAAACCACUCCACUACAAUAAGCUAUACAAGAUCCACCAACAUUCCAUACAAAAUCAUCUCAGGACGACCUUUUAAGUAUAAAUAAAUAUAUACAUGAAAACCAAUCGGAUUCAAGCUUUAGUAAACAAGUCUUACAUACUUUGAUAGCUUUAUUUCUUAUAACUAUCUCUAAUGCUUGGUUGUCUAUUUUAUGCCCUUUUAAGUUUUUCUGCCAAUAUUGUGUAUAAAAUCCUUCUGAUUUGCUAUUUUUCCUUGAAUAAUGCAAAUAACAAUUACCGUACAAAAACUAAGAAACUUCGCCAUAACUUUGUUCACAUUACAAGGCAUCUCGGGGAUUGAAGUUCAUCUGUGAUAAAGAAACAACAUGUUCAAACUACCAGUCAAGAUUUCAAAAGCAGUGAUUUCAUUGGCUAUUUGAAAGGUCACUCUGAGAUACCCUGUAAGGGAUAUUGUUAGAUCAUGAACAGCAUAUCGUAGAGGAGCGGUUUUACGAGUCUAAUUUUAAAAAGAUUGAAUUUAGGUGUAAAAAUAAAAGUCAGAGGAGCAGUUUACUUUUUAUAUAGUUGCUACCAAUAAGAACAAGCAUUUGAUAUUAUUUUUUUAGUUUUCUUAAGUUGAUACCACCACUUGUAUAUAAAGUGAGUAAACAAUUUUGAACAGCAUUUAGAUUUAUAUAUAUACAAAUCACAGAAUUGUGAUGUAGUACAGUGUCUGUUAAAUGUUUUACAUUUAUAAAUUAGAAUAUACAUCAAACUCUCAUAUAAAGAGGUUAAUAUUUAAUUAUUGGAAGAUGUUUGUCUUUUCUAUAGAUACCAGUGUAUGUAUGUAGAGUAGUCUUUGUUAGCAUUUGUAUGUUGUCAUACAUCUACUAAAUUUUUGAUAAUUAUGAUAUGCAAGUUGUUAUGUGAUAUCGAUGAAAUUCAUGAAGAAAAUGUAGAAUUAAUUAAGAGUAAAAAUGAAUGUUAGGAAUGAAAAUGUUUCUCUGAUUUAUGAUAUUUAUAUAAUUUAGGAAUGCACAGAAAGUCAGUGUUUUGCAAAUUCCAUUUAUUUUUAUUUAUUUUUCCCCCUUAUUAUAUUUAUAUAUAUGUAUGAAACUUGAAAUAUUUUAUAAGAAUGUGUGCAAUAGGAUAACAGGUGGGAUAUUAUUUCAAAUUCAUUGACAAAUGUAAAAUUUUUGCAAUUUGUCUCUUUAAUGUUCUGUCUAAAUUUAAAAGUGCUAUAGUGAAAAAGUAAUUAUUUGUUAUAAGUAACUUAAUUGUAUAAUGCUUUUGAAACUGUGAUUCUGUCCUCAAAUGGGCUAAUAGCUGUGAAUAACAUACUAGUACAUAUGUACAUACCGUAUAUAUUUAUUUCCCACUGAUCUCUAUUCAUGUGCACCAAACAUGUGGCAAUGUAUUUUUGACAUUAAAAUGUUUGUGUUCAAUAGAUACAAUCCUUUGAUAUCAGUUUUAUGUGUCUGUUUUUACUGUCUGUCUUAGAAAUGUGGAAUAUUAUUUCAUUUUUUUUUUCCAAGCAAUUUUUGUUGCAAAGAACAUUCAAUAUUUGUUUCUUGUCGAUGUUAUUAUUAAAGUUUUGACUGAGA